CCCUUUUCGAAAAUCCCACUCUUCCAAAAAUUUCAGCUCGAUUCUCUCCGACGAUCACAUGUUCAUGUAUACAUCUUCUUCUUCUUCCAUAGCCUCAUUCUCGAAUCUUAUCUAGCUCAUGUCAAUUUUUCUGUGAAAUUUCUUUACAUUUCUGUAAUGUCGGUCUUAUCAUUACCUUUAUUCACCAUUACUCAUCAAUCCAAGCUCUCAUUCCCUCCAUUUUCAAAGCUUCCAAGCAAGCCAUUUCUACUACCUUCCAUUCUUUGCAACGCCGCCGCUUCUCAUGGAGCCAAGCCGGUGCGAGCCUCCACCAGCGAACCGGCUUCCACCAAGUCGGCUGAGACGAUCGCCGUUGAUAAUGCUGAUUCCGAAGAGUCAACUCUCUUCGUCAUCCGUGCGCGUAACCAGAUCGGACUACUCCAGGUUAUCACAAGGGUCUUCAAAGUCCUUGGCCUGUCCAUCGAUAAGGCCAGCAUUGAAUUUGAGGGCGAAUUCUUCGUUAAGAAGUUUUUCGUUACCGACUCGCACGGGAAUAAGAUUGUCGACGAAGAGAGCUUGGAGAAGAUAAGAAAUGCUCUGAUGGAUGCAAUCGGCGGUGAUGGCGACGGCGAUGUGGUGGGUCCAGCGACGAGGGGUGUGGUUGUGAGGAGGCCAGCGUUGGGGAUGGGGACCGGGGAGAGGAAAGCCAAAGCGGAGAGGAUGUUUGCUUUGAUGGAUGGGUUUCAGAAGAACGAUUCGAUGACUCUUCAGAAGGAUAUUCUUAAUCACGUUGAGUAUACUGUUGCUAGGUCCCGCUUUAGUUUCGACGAUUUUGAAGCUUAUCAGGGUUUGUCGCAUAGUGUGAGAGAUCGGUUAAUCGAACGUUGGCAUGAUACUCAGCUCCACUUCAGGAGGAAAGAUCCUAAGCGCGUAUACUUCCUCUCACUCGAGUAUCUUAUGGGUCGGUCCUUGUCAAAUAGUGUCAUCAACCUUGGUAUCCGAGAUGAAUAUGCGGAGGCUUUAAGCCAGCUUGGCUUUGAAUUUGAAGUCCUUGCAGAGCAGGAAGGAGAUGCUGCCCUUGGAAAUGGUGGACUUGCUCGUCUUUCAGCAUGCCAGUUGGAUUCUCUAGCAACUUUGGACUAUCCUGCAUGGGGUUAUGGACUUCGCUACCAAUAUGGAUUAUUUCGCCAGCUAAUUCUGGAUGGUUUCCAACAUGAACAACCUGACUACUGGUUGAAUUUUGGAAAUCCUUGGGAGAUAGAGCGAGUUCAUGUAACAUAUCCAGUGAAGUUCUAUGGAACUGUUGAAGAGGAAGUCGUGAACGGGAAAAAAAGUAGAGUUUGGAUCCCUGGAGAAACGGUUGAAGCUGUAGCUUAUGACAAUCCUAUUCCUGGCUAUGGAACAAGGAAUACGAUUACACUACGCCUUUGGGCUGCUAAACCAAGUGAUCUAUAUGAUAUGGAGUCUUAUAAUACUGGAGAUUACAUAAAUGCUGUUGUCAAUAGACAGAAAGCAGAAACAAUAAGUAGCGUCUUGUAUCCUGAUGACCGCUCUCAUCAGGGGAAGGAACUUAGAUUGAAGCAGCAAUAUUUCUUUGUCUCAGCAUCCACACAGGACAUCAUUCGAAGAUUCAAAGAUGGUCACAAUAACUUUGAUGAGUUUCCAGAGAAGGUUGCUCUACAGUUGAAUGAUACUCAUCCAUCACUUGCCAUAGCUGAACUCAUGAGAGUUCUUGUUGAUGAAGAGAAUUUGGAUUGGGAUAGAGCAUGGGGCAUUGUUUGCAAAAUCUUCUCCUUCACAACACACACAGUAUUGGCAGAAGGACUUGAAAAAAUCCCCGUUGAUUUACUUGGCAGUCUACUUCCUCGCCAUUUGGAAAUUAUAUAUGACAUUAAUUUCAAAUUUAUGGAAGAAUUGAAGAAGAAGAUAGGUUUAGAUUACAAUCGUCUGUCCCGAAUGUCAAUUGUUGAAGACGGUGCUGUGAAGAGUAUUCGGGCGGCGAACCUAUCAAUUGUUUGUUCCCAUACUGUAAAUGGUGUUUCAAAAGUACAUUUUGAGUUAUUAAAGACCAAGGUGUUCAAGGACUUCUAUGAGCUGUGGCCUGAGAAAUUUCAGUACAAGACAAAUGGUGUAACUCAGCGACGAUGGAUUGUAGUAAGCAAUCCCAGUCUUUGUGAUCUUAUCACAAAAUGGCUUGGAACAGAAGCUUGGAUUCGCAAUGUUGACCUUCUGACUGGCCUCCGAGAAUGUGCUACAGAUGCAGAUCUACAGCAAGAAUGGAAGAUGGUUAGGAGGGUUAAUAAAAUGAGGCUUGCAGAAUACAUUGAAGGGCUGAGUGGUUUAAAGGUCAGUUUAGACGCAAUGUUUGAUGUACAGAUCAAGCGAAUACAUGAGUACAAAAGACAGUUGCUUAAUAUCCUCGGCAUUAUCCAUCGAUAUGAUUGUAUCAAGAAUAUGAAUGAGAGUGACAGGAGGAAGGUUGUACCGCGUGUCUGCAUAAUUGGAGGGAAAGCUGCUCCUGGAUAUGAGAUUGCAAAAAAGAUUAUCAAACUUUGUCAUGCUGUUGCAGACAAAAUUAACAAUAAUAGUGAUAUUGGAGAUCUCCUAAAGCUGGUUUUUAUACCUGAUUACAAUGUAUCUGUUGCUGAGUUGGUGAUACCAGGGGCUGACCUUUCACAGCACUUGAGCACUGCAGGGCAUGAGGCCUCAGGAACUGGUAGCAUGAAAUUUCUUAUGAAUGGAUGUCUACUCUUAGCUACAGCUGAUGGUUCAACAGUUGAAAUUAUUGAAGAAAUUGGGGCAGAAAAUAUGUUUUUGUUUGGUGCAAAGCUGGAUGAAGUUCCCAUCUUGCGUGAGAGAGGACCCAACACGAAAGUGAAUCUGCAAUUUGCACGGAUCGUGAGAAUGAUCAGAGAUGGUUAUUUUGGCUUUCAAGACUAUUUUGAGUCACUAUGUGAUACUGUGGAGGCUGAUAAGGACUUCUACCUCCUUGGUUCUGAUUUUGGAAGCUAUCUAGAGGCACAGGCUGCUGCCGAUAAAGCAUUCGUCGAUCAAGAGAAGUGGACCGAGAUGAGCAUUCUUAGUGCUGCUGGAUCGGGAAGGUUUAGCAGUGACCGAACAAUCCAGGAGUAUGCUGAACAGACAUGGGGGAUAGAAGCGUGCAGGUGUCCUUUCUGACCACAAUAACAUGACUAGUUUUUAUUUCUCAGUAAAUUUAACUACUUUUAAUAAGGGAAUUACUAGUUACCAUUAUCUAGGGUUGUUCCUUUUUCAAGGAUGUGUAUACCACUGUGACAGUCUUGUAAUUUUCCCAGUUGAACUGCUGAAAUUUUGAAAUAAAAUUACUUACAUUAGUGCU